UUGGUCGUGACCGAUAAAAAAUUCAAUAUGAAGCUCUACCUUGAAUUAGCUCUACUAGCUGGACUAACAUUUUCAAAUGCGUUGAGUCUAAAUAGCUUAAUUAAUGAGCUCCCGAAGGUCAAGCCAGGCCCGGCUCUUGAGAGCAUCACCAUUGAAGGAGAGCCUCUGUCUACACCACCGCUAGCACCCAAGCCGACUGAAACCCCGACACCUGCACCGAAAAAGCUGCUACAGGAUGCGUCAUUCUGGACCUUGGCAAAUAUAACGCGAAGAACUACAACGGAGAACCGUGUCUGGAUGGGUUUUCAUAUCAAGAGUGAGGGCUACGAUACAUCGUUUUGCUACCUGCUCGUUCACACGGAUGCCGACCCCAAGACAGCCUCCUUUGCGAAUCAACCAUGCGCAGGUAGUAAUUACACGGUGUCCUGGGGGUACGAAAAAGAGAAUGACGCUGGAAUCUUGACUCUAAUAAGUUCGGGGUCGAAGAGAAAUGCCUGGUUUGGAUGGAACCAUGUGAAUGACAACGAGAAGCUACACGAUGCAGGGCCGAACGCGACAGAAGACAUGAAAUAGUUAUAUACUACUAGAUGUUCAGGCUGUAUUCUGCAACCCUGCCUCGAGCGGCUAAGCGUUGCAUAAACGGUCGAGAAAUUUACGCGAUGCC